ACCCACAACACGGAUUCCAAAAGGCUUUGACCAAGAUUUGAGUAUCGGAGCUCUCGUUUUUGUACUGCUUUGAAGCUUCUCCUCCUUCAGUUCAGAGAUCGAAGGCUCGAGCUUCGCCGAUCGCGGCACUCGGAAACCUUCUUUCGUUCGCUCAGGAGUAUUGUCACAAAGAUGUGUGGAAGUUCAUGUCAUCUGUUUUUUCAUCGAACUCACGGCGUGUAUAUUUCGAGCGAUGCUAAUUGCAUGCGCGCUUGAUUCAAUUGAAGAUGCCGAGCGCCGCCCUCGACCAGUCCGACAAGGACUCCGAGCCCUUCGCAGAGGUGGACCCGACCGGGCGCUACGGCCGGUAUCCGGAGCUCCUCGGGUCUGGCGCGGUGAAGAAGGUGUACCGGGCCUUUGACCAGGAGGAAGGCAUCGAGGUGGCGUGGAACCAGGUCAAGCUGAGGAACUUUGAGGACUACCCGGAGAUGAUUGACCGGCUCUACUCGGAGGUCCGGCUCCUGCGGACCCUGAAGAACAGGAACAUCAUAUCCCUCCACAACGUGUGGCGCGACGAGGAGCGCGGCAAGCUCAACUUCAUCACGGAGGUGUGCACGUCGGGGAACCUGAGGGAGUACCGGAAGAAGCACCGGCACGUCUCGGUGAAGGCGCUGAAGAAGUGGUCCAAGCAGAUCUUGAAGGGUUUGGAGUAUCUGCACACUCACGAUCCUUGCAUCAUCCACAGAGAUCUGAAUUGCAGCAAUGUCUUCGUCAAUGGGAACGUCGGUCAGGUCAAGAUUGGCGAUUUGGGAUUGGCCGCGAUCGUGGACGAGAGCCACGCAGCGCACUCGGUCAUCGGGACGCCGGAAUUCAUGGCGCCGGAGCUCUUCGAGGAAGACUACACGGAGUCGGUCGACGUGUACUCGUUCGGGAUGUGCCUGCUCGAGAUGGUGACCGUGGAGAUUCCGUACACCGAGUGCGACAGCCUGCCUAAGAUAUACAAGAAGGUGAUUUCCGGGGUCAGGCCGCAGGCCAUGAGCAAAGUGAGAGAUCCCGAAGUGAGGGCUUUCAUCGAGAAGUGCUUGGGGAAGCCAAGGGCCAGGCCUUCAGCUUCCGAGCUACUCAGCGAUCCUUUCUUUGACGGGAUCAAUGACGGCGACGAGGACGACUAAAACUGACUCUUAAGAUCCCAAUUGCCCAAGCAUCAAUCAAAGAUGUAUUCAAACUUUCUUGGUUGCUUAUUGGAGGAUCCAGCUGCCCGUGGACGGAGCUUGCAUCAUUCGAUGUCAAGUCAACGCAAAGCUGAAUAAAUCAAGUGAUGAAUUGGGGUUUUAGUCAAAG